UACUUCUUCUAUCACUCUCCAUCUUUUCCUUUGAGGCAGGGUCUCUCCCUGAACCUAGGGCUGCGUUUUCUCAGCUAGACUGGAAGCCAGCAAGUCCCAGCAACCAUCCUGGAUCUGUUCCCAUCAAGCUGGGGUUACAGGUAUGAGCAGGAUGCCAGACUUGCUACAUGGGUGCUGGGAUUUGAAUUUCAAGCCUUAGGAUUUCACAAUAAGUGAUUUUUACCUGCUGAACCAUUUCUCCAGCCUCCCUGUUGCCAAAUUAAACUACACUGUCUAUCUGACCUGAGAAAUCAAGAUUAGAGACAUAAUAGUCAAACUUCCUAAGCAGGUAGUGUAUAAUUGGUGCAAUAAUGAAAUAAUCCCUCUGUUUCACUUCUUUCUCUCUCUUUCUCCUUCCUUCCCUGAGGCAGGGUCUCCCUUUGUAGUUCUGGCUAGCCAGGCUGGUCUUGAACUUACAUUGAUCCUUCUGUUGCUUCUUCAUAGGUUCUGGGAUACAGAUCUGAUGUUAUUUUCCUAUUGUUUUGUGACCUGCUCUUGGCUCCAACUCUCUUCAUCCUUUCUAGCCUAUAAAUCCAACUUCUUCAGCAGGGCUCAUGGGACACUUGCUCCACUUUAUGAAGAGAAAAUCGGCCUGGUCCAGUAAUUAUGAAGUAAUUAGCAUCCUUAAACUAAAGCUGUCUUUUAACACCAUUUUGCAAAGCAUGUCUAUGGGCAGCACUGGAGUAUGGGGGAAGGCUAUUCAGCCUCUGUAUUCCCUAGCGUGCAAAUGACAACGCCAUAGAAUCUCCACCAAAGGUGUCGGUGAGGAUUCAGGACAGCUGGUGAGCAUGGGGGACGGUGCAGCGGGCAUUCUGGCCAUUGUCCGUGAAGUUCAACAAGCCCCUUACCCAGGGGUCAGCUGCUGCCUUCCUAAUCACCCUAAAUGGGAGUCACAUGAGAAGGGCGCGCCAGUCGGUGGGCAGAAAUUAGAAGAGACUGGCUCUCAGGAGCAGUUGCUGACCGUGGGGGCUGUGGAUCCUUCCCCUGGAUCCUUCCCCAGGCCCCGGUGCAGCCAGAGCUGCAGAUGCUGGGUGCCAGACAGCUGCGGUGGCCUCACUACUGAUGGCACGUGCAAACACGGGAGGGCUGGGGGCAGAUCCCUCGUUUUUUUACCCUUGAAAAGGUGUAAGAAACGCGCAAGCGCAGGCUGGGGCCCCCCCGCAGGUCUUCAGCGCCAACUCUGCCCCUGCGCUCCAAGCUCAGCCCCGGUGUCUUUAGCUAGUUGCGGAGCCGGCAGGGGUGAGGUCCCCGGCGGGAGGGCGAGACUGGACGUGGGGCCGCGCGCUAGCCCCCCCCCAUACGCGUGCACGCCCUUCCCAUUUGUCUCCGCGCGCGUGCACGCCCCCUCCCAUCCGUCUCCCCGCGCGUGCACGUCCUUCCUCUACCGUCUCCCCGCGCGUGCGUCGCGGUCGGCCGUCAGAAAGGCACGCGCCUCGCCUUUAACGCGGGCCGAAGACGCGCGGCCCGUAUGGCGUGCGAGCGGCGGCAGCUGCGGGCCUGGCCAGGCCUGGGCUGAGGCCGAGCCAGCCGCGGGGUUCCGCAGCCCUGGACGGCGCCCAUCAUGCGGCGGUUGCGGCGCCUGGUGCAUCUGGUGCUCCUCUGUCCCUUCUCCAAAGGCCUGCAGCAGGGCCGGCUCCCAGGCCUCAGGGUCAAGUAUGUCUUGCUGGUCUGGCUGGGCAUCUUCGUGGGCAGCUGGAUGGUCUAUGUGCACUACUCGUCCUAUUCGGAGCUCUGCCGUGGGCACGUCUGCCAGGUGGUGAUCUGUGACCAGUACCGCAAAGGCAUCAUCUCGGGCUCUGUCUGCCAGGACCUGUGUGAGCUGCAGAAAGUGGAGUGGAGGACCUGCCUGUCUUCAUCGCCAGGCCAGCAGGUGUACAGUGGGCUCUGGCAGAACAAGGAGGUGACCAUCAAAUGUGGCAUUGAGGAGGCCCUGAACUCCAAGGCCUGGCCAGAUGCAGUUCUGCGGCGGGAGCUGGUGCUGUUUGAGAAGCCCACCCGGGGCACCUCCAUCAAGGAGUUCCAAGAGAUGAUCCUCGGCUUCCUCAAGGCGAACCUAGGAGACCUGCCCUCCCUGCCAACGCUGGUCGACCAGAUCCUUCUCAUGGCGGACUUCAACAAGGACAGCAGGGUGUCCCUGGCAGAGGCCAAGUCUGUCUGGGCCCUGCUGCAGCGCAACGAGUUCCUGCUGCUGCUGUCCCUUCAGGAGAAGGAGCACGCUUCCCGGCUGCUGGGCUACUGCGGGGACCUCUACCUCACCGAGGGCGUCCCCCACGGCUCCUGGCACGGGGCGGUGCUGCUGCCUGCCCUGCGCCCGCUCCUGCCCUCUGUGCUGCACAGGGCUCUCCAGCAGUGGUUUGGACCCGCCUGGCCCUGGCGUGCCAAGAUUGCCAUUGGCUUGCUGGAGUUCGUGGAGGAGCUCUUCCAUGGUUCCUAUGGUACCUUUUACAUGUGUGAGACCACACUGGCCAAUGUGGGAUACACGGCCACCUAUGACUUCAAGAUGGCUGACCUGCAGCAGGUGGCGCCCGAGGCUACUGUGCGCCGCUUCCUUCAGGGCCGCCACUGUGAGCAGAGUUCUGACUGCAUCUAUGGGCGAGAUUGCAGGGCUCCGUGUGACAGGCUCAUGAGGCAGUGCAAGGGCGACCUCAUCCAGCCCAACCUGGCCAAGGUAUGUGAACUGCUGAGGGAUUAUCUGCUGCCUGGUGCUCCUGCAGACCUCCGCGAGGAGCUGGGCAAACAGCUGCGCACAUGCACGACACUGAGUGGACUGGCCAGCCAGGUGGAAGCCCACCAUUCCCUGGUACUUAGCCACCUCAAGACCUUGCUCUGGAGGGAGAUCUCCAACACCAACUAUUCUUAAUGCUGCAGACUCCAGCCAUUAUAGCUCAGCUGUGGGUGAAGCACCCACUUGGGAAAGGUCACCCCUCUCCAGUAAGUCUCCUCCACCCCACUUUCCCAACUGAGCAGAGGGGCCAUUCUUCUGUACAUGUAAAUAAAUGGCUUUUAUGCAACA